AUGGGAAACAUUUGUCGGUAAAAUCCAAUAAAUGAUAAAAACGAUCUAGAGGUUACUUCAUCCUAACCUCCUCCUAUUUAAUAGAUGCCACCUUCUAAACCAGAGGAAGUUAAAACCUAAGCAGUUGAAAAAUAAGAGGAGCCUGCUCAAUCAAUUGAUUAAGCAAAAUAAGAGAACGAAGUAUAUUUUCUGAUUCAAUAUUUCAUAGCCCAAAAGAAAAGAGCAAAAGAAGAUGGCAAAAAUAGCUGCAGUUAUUGAUCAAGAAGUUAUAUAUGAGAAUGUUCAAAAAUAAGAAAAAGUAAAAAGUCCAUUUGAUUACCAAUUGCUUUUGAAUGCUUUUGGAAAUAGCUUUAUUUUUGGGUAAUUACAACCAGAAGACAAGUAUUAAUUCUAUUUUUAGUAGAUAAGAGUGA